GGUUAGGGUUGGCGGCGGCGGCGGCGGCGGCGGCGGCUUCGGCAUGGCGGGCUUCGCGGAGCUCGGACUGUCGUCGUGGCUCGUGGAGCAGUGUCGCCAGCUGGGCCUGAAGCAGCCCACGCCCGUGCAGCUCGGCUGCGUCCCCGCCAUUCUGGAGGGCCGGGACUGUCUGGGCUGCGCCAAGACGGGCAGCGGCAAGACGGCGGCCUUCGUGCUGCCCAUCCUGCAGAAGCUGUCGGAGGACCCUUACGGCGUGUUCUGCCUGGUGCUCACCCCCACCCGGGAGCUGGCCUACCAGAUCGCCGAGCAGUUCCGGGUGCUGGGCAGGCCGCUGGGCCUCAAGGACUGCAUCGUGGUGGGCGGCAUGGACAUGGUGGCGCAGGCCCUGGAGCUCUCGAGGAAGCCGCACGUGGUCAUCGCCACCCCGGGGCGCCUGGCCGACCACCUGCGCAGCAGCAGCACCUUCAGCCUGAAGAAGAUCCGCUUCCUGGUGCUGGACGAGGCCGACCGCCUGCUGGAGCAGGGCUGCACCGACUUCACUGCCGACCUGGAGGCCAUCCUGGGGGCGGUGCCGGCCCGCCGGCAGACGCUGCUGUUCAGCGCCACACUGACCGACACGCUGCGCGAGCUGCAGGGCCUGGCCACCAACCGGCCCUUCUUCUGGGAGGCGCAGGCGCCGGCGCGCACGGUGGAGCAGCUGGAUCAGCGCUACGUGCUGGUGCCCGAGCGCGUCAAGGACGCCUACCUGGUGCACCUGCUGCAGCGCUUCCAGGACGCGCACGAGGACUGGGCCGUGGUGGUCUUCACCAGCACCUGCAAGACCUGCCAGGUGCUGUGCAUGAUGCUCCGCAAGUUGGGCUUUCCUGCCGUGGCGCUGCACUCCAUGAUGAAGCAGAAGGAGCGCUUUGCGGCCCUGGCCAAGUUCAAGUCCAGCAUCUACCGCAUCCUCAUCGCCACUGACGUGGCCUCCCGGGGCCUGGACAUCCCCACCGUGCAGCUGGUCAUCAACCACAACACCCCUGGGCUCCCCAAGAUCUACAUCCACCGGGUGGGGCGCACGGCCCGAGCAGGCCGCCAGGGCCAGGCCGUCACGCUGGUGACGCAGUACGACAUCCACCUGGUGCACGCCAUCGAGGAGCAGAUCGGGAAGCGGCUGGAGGACCUCCAGGUGGAGGAGGCCGAGGUGCUGGAGAUCCUCACGCAGGUCAACGUGGUGCGCCGCGAGUGUGAGAUCAAACUGGAGGCCGCACACUUUGGCGAGAAGAAGGAGGUCAACAAGCGGAAGCAGCUGAUCCUGGAAGGGAAAGACCCCGACCUGGAGGCCAAGCGCAAGGCCGAGCUCGCCAAGAUCCGAAGGAAGAACCAGCGCUUCAAGGAGCACGUGCAGCAGACGCUGGGGCACAGGGGCCCCCCCAAACCGCCACCCCGGGCCGAGGGGGAGGGGGAGGCCUAAUAAAGGGCUCGCUCCUGCA